AUGUCCUUGACUGAGAAGCCGACCGGGGACUCUCCCUCGAGAAUCCCUAGAUGGCGUAUGAUUUUCGAUCCCGGCUGUGUUUCGCAGCAGGUUAUCGAUCACGAGUACAAUGGCUCUGGUACUGAAGAAGACCCGUACCAAGUCUCUUGGAUUGAGGAUGACCCUCGGAAUCCGAUGUUGUUUUCGCCGCUGUCCAGGUGGCUCAUCACGAUUCUCGUGGGGAUUGAGACGUUAUCGGUGGCUUUGGUAUCCUCUGCUUAUUCUGGAAGCAUUAAAGAGAUUAUCGCAGAGUUUCAAGUCAGCGAAGAAGUCGCUUUACUUGGAAUAUCGCUGUUUGUCCUCGGAUUCGCCGUGGGCCCCUUGUUCUGGGCGCCCCUGAGCGAGUUAUACGGACGUCGAUAUAUCUUGAUCGCGAGUGCAACGGGAUUGACAGCAUUUACGGCUGGCACAACAGGAUCGAAGAAUAUAUGGACGUUGAUUAUUCUGCGUUUCUUUGGUGGAUGUUGCGGCUCGGCACCGUUCGCUGUCUCAGGUGCUGUCAUUGCAGAUACCUUUCCUUCCAUUAUUCGCGGCCUGGCUAGUGGAUUAUACUGCGCUGCACCUUUCCUGGGUCCCACGCUCGGCCCUAUCGUGGGUGGCUUCUUGUCAGAGGCUGCUGGAUGGCGAUGGGUUGAAGGCUUGGUCGCGUGUUUCUCAGCACUCUUUGCUAUUGUGUGUUUUCUCGCCUUGCCGGAGACGUAUGCGCCUCUUCUCUUGAAUAAGCGUGCAGCUCGGCUUUCUUCUAUCACUGGCCAAGUUUAUCGGAGUAAGCUUGAGAUUGAGAAAGGCGUCAAACACCCGGCAGAAAUAUUCAAAAUUGCCAUCUCUCGACCUUGGAUUUUGCUUUUCCGUGAGCCGAUUGUUCUUCUUUUGUCGAUCUACCUUGCGAUCAUCUAUGGGAUUUUGUAUCUGUUCUUCGCUGCCAUGCCCAUAGUCUUCGACAAAGGGCGUGGCUGGAGCGAAGGAAUGACCGGUCUUGCAUUCUUGGGCAUCUUAAUUGGCAUUCUCUUGUCGGCAGUGGCCACGUUCCCAAUGUAUUAUCGGUAUAGACGCAGAGCCCUCUCGACCGUUGGUAGAGUACCCCCCGAAGCUCGGUUACUCGACACCUUCGUCGGCGCAAUCCUGCUACCACUUGGACUGUUCUGGUUCGCCUGGACCAACUCCCCGUCUAUACAUUGGAUCGUCCCGAUCGCAGCCGGCAUUCCAUUUGGAUAUGGCAUGAUCACCGUGUUCUUGCCCAUCUUGAACUAUCUCAUUGAUGCGUACACCAUAUAUUCAGCGUCCGUCCUAGCCGCCAAUGCAUCCCUGCGCUCGACGUUCGGCGCUGCCUUUCCGCUGUUCACCACGCCGAUGUAUGAGAAUCUCGGGAUUCAUUGGGCGUCGUCAGUUCCGGCGUUCUUGGCUCUUGCUUGCGUUCCUAUGCCGUUCUUGUUCUAUAAAUACGGAGCUCAAAUUCGGAGGCGGUGUCAUUACGCCGCUGAAUCGGAUGCUGUGAUGGAAAAGUUGUAUGGGAAGCCUGUUGUCACGAAAUCCAGCACCUCGUCCCCGGAACCCGCUGUGAGAGAGUCGCCCUGA